CCCAGAGUCGCAGUGUACAAUAAAAAAUCUCUUAUUAAACCGGGAAAACCUUGAUCUUCUACACUUCCAUUCAUCUCAUUGCAGCAAUGCUGCUUUAGCUUCAGAAUCAAAUACUAGAAGAGGGAAAAGGAAGAAACGAAGAUGAGCACGGUCGACAAGAUGCUGAUAAAGGGAAUCCGGAGCUUUGACCCGGAGAACAAAAACGUCAUUACAUUCUUCAAACCCUUAACCCUCAUCGUCGGCCCCAACGGCGCCGGAAAAACUACAAUCAUUGAGUGCUUGAAGGUGGCCUGCACUGGAGAAUUGCCUCCUAAUGCUCGUUCCGGUCAUAGUUUUGUCCAUGAUCCCAAGGUGGCAGGGGAGACGGAGACAAAAGGGCAGAUUAAGUUGCGGUUUAAGACUGCAGCAGCGAAGGAUGUGGUCUGCAUUAGGUCAUUUCAGCUAACUCAAAAGGCCACAAAGAUGGAGUAUAAAGCCAUUGAGAGUGUGCUGCAGACAAUCAAUCCUCAUACUGGAGAGAAAGUUUGCUUAAGCUAUAGGUGUGCAGACAUGGACCGUGAAAUACCUGCUCUUAUGGGUGUGUCGAAGGCUAUUCUUGAAAAUGUGAUUUUUGUACACCAAGAUGAGGCCAAUUGGCCACUGCAAGAUCCUUCUACGCUGAAAAAGAAGUUUGAUGACAUCUUCUCUGCUACUAGAUAUACAAAGGCUCUGGAAGUUAUUAAAAAACUUCACAAGGAUCAAGCCCAAGAGAUAAAGUCAUAUAAACUGAAAUUGGAGAAUCUUCAAACACUGAAAGAUGCUGCAUACAAGUUAAGAGAAAGUAUUGUUCAAGAUCAGGAGAAAACAGAGAAAGUGAAAAAUCAAAUGCAAGAGCUUGAAGGAGAGAUCCAAAACUUAGAUAGUAAGAUCCACCAUGUUGAAGGAACUUUAAAGGACCUAAGGAAAUUACAGGAUCUGAUAACUGCCAAAACUGUAGAAAGAAGCACUUUGUUCAAAGAGCAGGAGAGAAAAUAUGCUGCUCUAGCUACAGAGAAUGAAGAUACUGAUGAAGAACUGCUGGAAUGGAAAACCAAGUUUGAUGAAAGGCUAGCUCGUUUGGAAUCAAAAAUUAGCAAAUUGGAGAGAGAAAAGGAUGACACAAUAACGAAGAGAUUUCACCUUCAGGAGGAAAUUAAAGACUGUAUCCGGGAUAUUAGCAAACUUCAAACUGAAGCUGAAGCUCACAUGUCCAACAAGAGUCAGAGAGAUGCAACUAUUAAGGAGCUUUUUGAAAGAUUUAAUUUAGGUCCUGUUUCAAAUACUCCAUUCAGUAAUGAAGUUGCUGAGGACCUCAUGAAUCGAAUAUCAUCGAGGCUCAUGGGCUAUGAAAAGGAUUUGGAGGAUAAAAAGAAAUCAAACCUGGCGAUAACUACAACGGCAUGGCGUCAGUACGAGAAUGCAAAUAGCCGUUGGAAAGAUAUGGGUGCCAGCAUACAGGCUAAAGCAGAGAUCAAGAGCAGUAUUUUGAAGCGCAUUGAACAGAAGAAGAAUGAGCUUGAUGAGCUUGAACUUGAAAUAUCUAAUGUCAAUUUGGUUCACCUGGACGAGAGGGAACGGAGAAUGCAAGCUGAAUGUGAGAGAAAGAACCAACAAAUAGAAGAACGAGAAUUUGGGCAAACUAUUCAGCAAAAGCAGAGUGAGAUAUAUAGCUUAGUUCAAAAAAUCAAAGCUCUUAAUCAUGAAAGAGACCUAUUGGCUGCUGAUUCUGAAGACAGAGUUAAACUCUCCCUUAAGAAGGCAGAGCUGGAAACCCAGAAAAAGAAACACAAGAAGAUAGUUGAUGAAUUCAAGGAUAAAAUUAAAGGGGUGAUGAAAGGAAGGCUUCCUCCUGACAAGGAUUUGAAGAAAGAAGUUACACAGGCCCAGAGGGCUCUUCAGAAAGAGUUUGAUGACUUGAGUGCAAAAGCUCGUGAAGCUGAGAAGGAAGUGAAUAUGUUGCAGAUGAAAAUUGAAGAAGUUAAUAAUAACUUAUACAAACUUAACAAGGACGUGGAAUCAAGAAAAAGAUUUGUCGAAUCAAAACUCCAGUUUUUUGACCAACAGUCUGCAAGUAUUGACUAUUACUCUAAAGUUUUGGAUUCAGUCAAAGAGAAAAGGGAUGUCCAGAAAAGCAAAUAUAACAUUGCUGAUGGUAUGCGUCAAAUGUUUGAGCCAUUUGAAAGAGUUGCUCGUGCUCAUCAUAUUUGCCCUUGCUGUGAACGUCCCUUCUCUGCUGAAGAGGAAGAUGAUUUUGUUAAAAAGCAACGGGUGAAAGCUGCGAGCUCUGCUGAGCAUAUGAAAGUAUUGGCUGUGGAAUCUUCACAUGCUGAUUCUCAGUUCCAACAAUUAGACAAGCUUCGUAUGGUUUAUGAAGAGUAUACUAAAAUAGGAAAGGAGUCAAUUCCUCUUGCGGAGAAAAACCUUAAUGAGCUCAAUGAAGAGUUGGAUCAAAAGAAUCAGGCUCUUGAUGAUGUGUUGGGGGUCUUGGCUCAGAUAAAGGCAGACAAGGAUGCAGUGGAUGUCCUAAUUCCACCUGUAGAAAAUGCUGAAAGGCUUUUACAUGAAAUACAGGUUUUGCAGAAGCAGGUUGAUGAUUUGGAAUACAAGCUUGAUUUUCGAGGGCAGGGUGUCAAAUCCAUGGAGGAAAUCCAAUCAGAGCUGAAUAUAUUGGAGACCAAGAAGGAUAAUUUGCAUAAUGAGGUAGAAAAGCUAAGAGAAGAACAGAUUUACAUGGAAAAUGAUCGCACUAGUGCACAGCUAAGGUUGGGUAACAUCAGGGAAGAGAAAUUUAAAGCAACUUCCACUUUGCAGAAUGUUGAGAAGGCACAAAAGGAAUUAGAAUGGUUGACAGAAGAGAAAAGUCAAGUUGAGCUUGAUGAGAAGCAUUUCGGAGAGGCUCUUGGACCUUUAUCAAAGGAAAAAGACAAAUUGCUCCGUGACUACAAUGAUUUGAAAGAGAAAUUUGAACAUGAGCAAGAAAAGCAGUUACAAGUUUGUUCAAAUUUUAGACAGGAAAUGAAGGCAUUGCAAGGGCUGGCUUCUAAAAUUAAAGAGUAUUAUACUGCGAAGAAAGGAGAUAGAUUGAAGGAACUGCUUGAAAAGCAAAAUUGCUCAGAAUCUGAGCUUCGAAACUGUGAGUCCAGAUUGAAGGAGUUAUCAGAACAACUGACCAAAAGCAAGGAUUCAAAGAUGAAUGAAGACAAUUUGAGGCGCAACAUUGAGGAUAACUUGGAUUAUAGGAAAACCAAGGCUGAUGUCGAUCGGCUUACUCGUGAAAUUGAAUCAUUGGAAGAGGAAGUGCUGAAAAUUGGUCGUCUCUCUAGUGUCGAGGCAGAGAUUGUAAGGCUUUCACAAGAGCGAGAGAGGCUUCUUUCAGAGUUAAAUAGAUCACGUGGUACUAUCUCUGUUUUUGAAAGCAAUAUAUCCAAAAAUAAAAUUGAUCUUAAACAAGCACAAUACAAGGACAUUGACAAACGUUAUUUUGAUCAGCUAAUCCAGCUUAAGACAACUGAGAUGGCAAACAAGGACCUGGACAGAUACUACAAUGCCCUUGAUAAGGCACUUAUGCGAUUCCACACAAUGAAGAUGGAAGAGAUAAAUAAGAUUAUUCGUGAACUGUGGCAGCAAACUUACAGGGGACAAGAUAUAGAUUACAUAAGAAUUCAUUCGGAUUCUGAAACUUCUGGCACUCGAUCUUAUAGCUAUAAGUUAGUGAUGCAAACUGGUGAUGCGGAGCUUGAAAUGCGAGGGAGGUGUAGUGCUGGUCAAAAGGUCCUUGCGUCACUUAUAAUACGAUUGGCAUUAGCUGAAACUUUUUGCUUAAACUGUGGGAUACUGGCACUCGAUGAACCAACAACAAACCUAGAUUGCCCAAACUCUGAAAGUCUUGCUGCAGCACUGCUAAGGAUCAUGGAGGACCGAAAGGGACAAGAGAACUUUCAAUUGAUUGUAAUCACACAUGAUGAGCGAUUUGCUCAACUCAUUGGUCAACGGCAGCAUGCAGAAAAAUACUACCGCAUCUCAAAGGAUGACCAUCAGCACAGCAUAAUUGAAGCGCAGGAGAUUUUUGAUUAAACAUCACAAAAUUUCUGCUAAGAGAUCAUCCGGCCAAUGCUGAAGCAGCUGAUAUACUGAAUACCAACACUAGUGUCCUGUUGUAUCAUAGGACGAACUUGCUCAUUCUUAGUGUCUUGAUAUUUAAAGCUGAUGUAUGUUGGUCUUACUAGCAUGGUUGAAAAUAUUGUUAGUCGUUCGGGGGUGCCUAGCGCCUAGGGCGUCUAGGCGGCGGCGCUUAGGCAU